UUCGAAUCAACCGAUUAAUUCGACUGUCUGUGCCGGGAAUCGAACGAGAGCCGUUGGAGUGGCGCGCUCGACGAGGAACACGCACGUGACCUCCCCCGCGACAGCCGCUGGACCACCGAAUCUCCACCGGCAGAGAUUUCGCCCGCACUUGGGAGUCGCCGCCCAGCUCCGCGUCCAACGCAUCUAUCGAUCUAUAAACCGCCUAUGGUUAUCUUCGUUUGAUUCAAGACUGAUCGUGCUUCUUGGUCGCCUGUAACAGUGGAUGCUCCUGCACUGUCUUUCCAUGUGAUCCGAUAAGACACUGUUCUAAAAUGUGUUGCGCUUGCGGACAGUCAUAAUUUGAUAUCCUUGUUUCCAUCCAUACCAACCUUGUAUUUCACUAUACUGUUUUUCUUCGACCAACUCUAUAUCCAUCAUGUCGGCUCCCAAGCCGAUCGUGCGGCCAGGAGGUCCUCCCAGGGUCGGGCCUAGAGCACCAGUCGGCCGCCUGGCAAGUCUGAAGGGCCCCAAUCCAACUCCUAUCAGACGUCCACAGGCCGUCGCACGACCUCAGCCGGGCAAGCCAACGACACACCCGAAGACAACGACCUGUCCCAAUCCAGGGUGUCCCGCUCCUCAUAUCGUUGAGGACGACGGGCAGAAGGUCUGUUCGGGAUGUGGUACUGUCAUCAGUGAAUCGAACAUCGUGUCUGAAGUCACCUUUGGAGAGACGUCGUCAGGAGCGGCGAUGGUCCAGGGUACCUUUGUUGGCGCUGAUCAAUCUCAUGUCAGGAGCUACGGGCCCGGCUUUCAGCGGGGAGGUGGAAUGGAGAGCCGCGAAAUCACGGAACAAAACGGUAACCGAUAUAUCAAUCAACUCUCGCGGGCUCUGACCAUCCCAGAAAGCGCCACCAAAGCUGCAGGGCAGGUCUUCAAGCUGGCCGUGGGACUAAACUUCAUCCAAGGUCGUCGCACGAAAACCGUUGCAGCAGUCUGUCUAUACAUCGCCUGUCGACGGCAGGAUGGCAAUACAGUCAUGCUUAUUGACUUUGCGGAUGUCCUCAUGAUCAACGUCUUCAAACUGGGACGUGCAUACAAGGCCCUCUUGGAAGAGCUACGGCUGGGGGGAAAUGUCUUCCUGAUGAACCCUAUCGAUCCGGAGAGCUUGAUCUAUCGAUUUGCGAAGCAGCUCGAGUUUGGAUCGUCUAUGAUGCAGGUGGCUAGUGAGGCCGUCCGGAUCGUUCAACGAAUGAAUCGAGAUUGGAUGACUACUGGCAGACGCCCUGCGGGUAUCUGUGGCGCUGCCUUGAUUCUAGCCGCGAGAAUGAACAACUUCCGCCGGACAGUACGAGAGGUCGUCUACGUUGUCAAGGUCACCGAAAUUACUAUAAACCAACGUCUGAAUGAAUUCAGUUCAACGGAGAGUGGAGAAUUGACCGUCGACCAGUUCCGCUCCGUUCAGCUUGAGAAUGCGCACGAUCCCCCCUCUUUCACUCAGGCGAGAGAAGGGAAAAAACCGAGCAAGAGUCUAAAGAGGAAGUCCGCGGAGACAGCUGCGGAGAUAGAAGGAGAUGAGUCUGAUGAGGAGCUUUCUCCACCGCCAGCUCAGAAGAGACGCGUGGACGCUGAUGGUUUUGCUAUACCUGACCCGCCGAUUGACCCCGCGCUUAUUGCUAUGGACACAACUCGAAAGUCCUCAGUGACCGCAGCGGUCAACGAAGUUGUUUCCGAAGUCGCAGGCCAACGGGAGACUGACGCCGCUGAGUCGUCCAGGCCGAAAUUAGGUAGACCGAAGGGAUCGAAGAAUGCGCCGCCUGUGCCUCCCAGCGCUGAGCAGAUAGCAGCAGAAGAUGCCCUGGAAAAUGAAAUGACAGCGCUGCUGUCGAAAGGAUCGAAUAUGGUUGAAACCGCUAUGGAUUCUUCCAAGGAGCCUGUCCCGAGUGCCCUCCCGCCAAGGGGCCCUGUAUCAGAAAGCGCAGAAAUUGAUUCCGCCGAAUUUGAAGAUGAUCCAGAAGUCGCCAACUGUCUCCUUUCAUCGGCAGAGGUAGAAAUCAAGGAGCGCAUCUGGGUGCACGAAAACAAGGACUACCUGCGGACGCAGCAGGCAAAGGCGCUCAAGCAAGCCUUGGCAGAAGCAAACGGCACUUCAGGCGGUGGGAAGCCUCGUAAGCGGCGCAGAGGGCGGCUGGGCGAUGUUACAUAUCUCGAAGGGGAAGGAGAAGAUGAGGAGGGAAGAAGCACACGCGCUUCCACUCCUGCGGAGGCGACACGCCGCAUGCUGGAGAAGAGAGGGUUCAGUAAGAAGAUCAAUUACCGACUCUUGGAAUCUCUAUACGGAGAAGAAGGGGCGGAAGAGGCCGCUAAAUCGAAGGCUGAGAGCGAGAGCCGCAGUCGCUCCAGUCGAAGCCAGAGUAUCCUCUCCCGUCGCAGCGAAAGCGUGGAACCAGAGACGGCCGGAAGACGCUCACGCUCAAGACUCGCCACACCUGCUGCCACGAAGCCAACUACGACGACCCCGGCACCAGCACCAGCACCAGCAAAAGUCCCAGCCAAACCUCAGGGAAUGGCCACUGCUGCGGCUGCACCAGCAGAGAAGCCAUCAGACGCCAACGAGGAAGUCCUCGGUUCGCUCCCCGAACCGGAGCAACCGACCGAACGCCUCGUACACGAUCCUAACGACUACUCAGACGACGAGGAGGAGGAGGAUAUGGAUGAAGCCGACGUGGAUGACGACGGUCUCGAAGCCGCCUUUGCAGGAAACUAUCAAGAAGAUUACUACGACGGAGGUAGUGAUUAUGAUUACGGGAGUGACUGAAACGACCCUCGUGAUUGUCUGAUGCAGCUGGUCUGCAUCCUUGCUGUAUUCUUAAUCGGGUUCAUGACUCUCAUCCGCUGGCCGGGGGGGAGCACUUUGCUUGGCCCUGCCUAUCUAUGUAUACUCAGCGUCCCGCCUACCCUUGGCUACUGCUUACCUUUGGAGGUGGAACAUACUUGCUCUAACUAUCGUUAAGAGGCAAUUCUUGAACCCAAUGAAAUAUUAAUAUACAUCUUGGGGAACUCUUACUCCCAUUGGACCGAGCUGCUCUAGAUAUUUAAGUAUGUAUGCAUGUAUGUAGGACACAGAUGCGAAUGUCCACGUAGUUAGUUCACCA